AUGCUCGAACAACUCACGGCUACAGCUCAGAUUGCCGUAGAAGGCCUUGAUAGGGGAGCAGCGACAGCUGCCAACGCGGACCUCCUGGAUUUCCUUGAUGCGGACAACGCCACGAACAACUGGCGCACAGCUAUGGCCCGGCUCGGCGUGUCAGGGGAUAACUACAUCCAACGUCAAAUCUGCUGCCCCGAAUGCUGGUGGUUGACACCGCUUGAUCAGCUCUCGACUUUAGAAACCCCGGUCUGCGGCGCACCUCUGAGUGAUGGGCAUGUCUGCGAGGCUCGUAUAUACUCGGCGAUCAAUACAACUAGGACGCCUUACAAAAUCGUUCCCUACGUACCUCUGUCGACCUGGCUAGCACUGUUCAUGCAAGACGCCGAGUUCGUGAGCAAUCUCCAGCACUGGCGAGACGAAGCAAUGGGAGAUCUUCAGUCAGAAGUCCUCGAUCCCGCUGAGCCUGUGGUGCCACGAGAGGCCAUGAUGCGAGGCGUCUCGGACGGAUCAGCUUGGCGGUCGUUCCCGGCGAAUGUCAUCCGCGAGGUAGACGCAGACUAUACGGUUAGAGAUGAACCGAUUGAGGGCGCAGAGGAUGCCCCCUUCCGGCAUACCUUCCUGCACUAUGGACUGAAUAUCAUCCUGAACGUCGAUUGGUUCCGAGUGAAAGGCAUGCCUGGAUACUCAGUCGGGGCGGUCUACGCAGCUGUGGCGAAUUUGCCUCGGCACAUGAUGUUCAGGAAGAAAUGGACGGCUCUUCUCUGUGUCAUUCCCGGACCUGAAGAGCCCUCCUUAACGUUCUUCAACCGUAUACUCCAGCCGAUUGUGGACGACUUCACUCGCUGUGAAAACGGCGUUUAUGUGCCUACCCAUUCCUGCGGCCGCACUCGAUACGCAAAGAAGGACGACUUGGAGCUAGUCUGCACACGCCUUUUGUUCACCGCUUGCGACUUGCCUGCCACGAAAAAGGUCAUAGGAGCUGUAAGUCAUGCUCAUGGACGUCACCCCUGCCACCACUGUGGGGUCACCUUGGUAGACGUCAACACGGCCGCUGCAUACGACUGGCGUCGGUUGCCCCCAAAAGAAGCGGACAGCGCGGAGCUAUUGAGGCAAGCCUUCCUUCACAAAGACGCUCGUACUGGCGGGGAAGCCAAGGCCAUCGAAGACGAAUAUGGGGUUCGUUACUCGGUAUUGAACGGCCUCACAGGCAUGAGCCACUCGAAGUCAGCUCCAGUCGACCCCCUCCACAACCUCUAUCUCGGACUCGUCAAAUCCUUUGUGAACUUACUCUGCGACAACGAUCUUUUCGAGGGAGAACUGGACGGGACCCCCCGAAUCGAGCUCUUUGCUGGAGUUUUCAACCGCGCUCGCUACCCUGGUCACCUCGGUCGGCUGCCGUCCAAGGUCACGAGACAGGUUCUAGCUGGGCGAGCCGCAGGUCUGAAAGCCGACCAGUGGAAACGUAUCGCGCAACUGUUGGUCCAUGCGCUGUCGCCAGCUCGAAGGUCUCGUGAGGGCGAGGAAGAUGUCCCGUUUCGCCGAAAUCGGUCGCUCUGGUUCGCUGCAGCCGUAUCACUCUGCGCAGGCAUACGUAUCCUCGACUCUCACUUUAUCAGCCUAUCCGAUGCCGAAGACGCCGUAGAAGAUCUGGCUAUCUGCUCACGGACCAUAUUACGACUAGGUGGCCGCCUAACCAUAAACUGGCACAAUGCUAUGCACUACGCCGAACACAUCAAGCUCUAUGGACCUAUUUCCAGCUUUUCGUGCUGGGCCUUCGAGAGGAACAACGGGACCCUGGCUCGGGUCAAUCACAAUACGAAAGAGCGCGACAUCCCUUCGACAAUAAUACGAGCCUGGAUUCGAGAAGCCUGCUUGGGGACCGUGCUGCACAACCCAUCGCCCACAGCGACCGCAACAGAAUUAGCCGCAAUCGAGGCUCUCAUCGCUGACCCAGAAUUAGCUAGGGGAACGGUCAUGCUCAACGAAAUCAUGAAGGCCGCCCUCCGUGCUCGACUGCCGGCUCCACUCAAGACCUCUCCUGUGAAUCUGGACCAGUACGAGCACUCGCAUCAAGCGUUACUGCGCUAUGUCAACGAACAUCAUCCCGAUUAUCAAUUCGUAGGCAACCUGGCCAUGGUCGAUCGACGGCCGUACCUACCAGUCCGAUCCGAGAGGUAUUUGAUAUAUACACACGUGAUCUAUCAUGGAUUCAAGUUCUGUUCGGCUCUAUACAAUCGCAGCGUCAGGGACCAGUGGGCACUGGCAUCAAUGACGCCGGACUCUCGGGAUCUGGUCCGGAUCCGCCUCUUUUUGACUGCAACGUUGGUCGUUAGAGGCAAACCCCCACUCAAUCUUGAGUUAGUCCUGGUCGACACCUACCAGACUGCGGACCGAGGACAUUAUCCUUGGUCGCACAGGAAUAUCGACCUUGGCUACAAGGCCUAUCUGCAAGACCCCGAACCUGAACCCCGUUUCCUGCCGAUCGCAUCGUUACAGGCUUCGGUGAUCACAGCAAAGGCCACCAAUCAAGUCGACGGACCGAUCCUGGUCGCAAUGUCAUGUGACAGAGAUGGCGGAGAACCCGAGUUCUGGCUACAGUCUGACGGACCUCAACAGGAUGCAGUCGGCAUCGCCGAGAAUGACAUUUAA